AUGUUAGCAGCGAGUAUCACUCCGAGAGGAGAGGUGGAAGAGAUGCUGAUUGCGAUCUCCCCACGAAAAGACUGUCGACUCAAAAUAUCGAUGCCUCCUCCAACGGUGGAAACAGAUGAGGAGUUGCUGGUGGCCAGUUUCGAUGGAUCGGCUAGGAUAAAAAAGAAAGGAGGGUCGUUCAGUGCCGUGAUAUGGAAGUUACCCGAAUGGACGAUCGUGGCGGCCGAAUCGAGAUAUGUUCACGAUCUGACUGUGAAUGAAGCUGAGUAUAAUGGCUUGCUACUGUGCUUUGAGUUACUCGCCGAUCUGGAUAGGGGGCGAGUAAUACUGUGUGGAGAUUCCAGUCUGGUGAUUCGACAGAUGCGCGGUGAGAUCGACUGCAAGGCACCGGGCCUUCAGCUUCUGAGACACAAAGCGUUGGAGAAGCUGCAGUCUUGGCCUAGUCACGAGUUUCUGCAUAUGAAGCGAGAGUGGAAUCAGAGCGCAGAUCGACUAGCCAGCACAGCAUUGCAGAGCGAAAAGGGAAGAACGGUUGUAGCUGAAGAAGAUCGGCAAGAUCUGAUGACUCUGAACCGUCUCGAUGAAUUGUUGAAGCCCAAGCAAGAUGGUCAGCUGGCUCGGGUAACUGCGAUCACGAGAUCAGCCAGGAGGAUACGUCAUGAACCUGAAGUGAUACAGGAGGAGAUAGUACAGAGGAUCAGGAUUCAACGAAUUGUCCAAGCUCAAGAUGAAGAGCGUUGGAUUGUCAAUCUCAAGACAUAUCUAAGUGGCGAUGUAUCAAACUUGGAUGCGGUAGAAGUGAAGAUGUGCGCCAAACUGGCGCCGGAGUACGAGAUCGAUGAGAACAAUCUGCUAUUUUUUUGCCCCACGGCGAAAAGAGAGUCAGAAGAUCGCGAUGGCUUGAUGCGGUUGGUGAUCCCUGAGACGUUGCAGCAGGAUUUUUUGCAUCACUAUCACACGAGUCUGGAAGGAGGCCAUCAGGGUAUUGGCCGAACCUAUCAGAGGAUCAGAUCGCGAUUUCAUUGGAGAGGACUGUAUCGGAGCGUUCAACGAUAUGUGGGCGAAUGUACCGACUGUGAGACCGGGAAAGGAAACCCGAUGAUUCAUGGGAAAUCCCCGGGCAAUCUACACGCAACCUAUCCAUUCCAGAUCAUCGCCAUGGAUCAUAUACCGUCGUUGCCCAAGUCCAUCAAGGGGAACUCCGAACUGCUCAUUUGGUUCGACCUUUUCUCGGGAUAUGUGAUUGCAAAGGCUAGCUCCUCUCGGACGGCACAAACAAUAGCGGAGAAUUACGAAGAAUGUGUGUUUCGACGCUUCGGAGCUAGCGAGGCUAUCAGGCACGAUCGAGAACCGAUAUUUAUGUCCGACUUCUUUCGAGCCUUCAGUCGGAUCGUAGGACAAAAACAGCGUGCUACUAUGGCUUACAGGCCACAAGCAAAUGGAACAGCCGAACGAAUGGUGCAAACCCUGACACAUUCGCUCAAGAUGUACGUGGCUGAAGUUGACCAGCGAGACUGGGAUGAGUAUGCUGAGCGGCUCACAUUUGCCAUUAACACUGCACAAGAUCGGAUCCGGGGGGAUACCCCAUUUUAUCUGAUUCAUGGGUGGGACCCGCGAUCGACUUUGGAGGCUACGCUACCAGUGGGGAAUACGGGGACACGAGAUCGCGAUCCAAAGAGGAGCGAAGCGGAUCGACACAACGAAGAUCUGGAACCACACGAGAUCGAAGUAGGAGCGCAAGUUUGGCUAUACCUGGACCGAGUUAAAGAGGGAUAUGCGAAGAAGCUAGCGCACAUGUGGCAUGGGCCAUUCCGAGUUGCGGACGUAUGUGGAGAUCAUGCUGUAAAAUUGGAGAUCGCUGGAACCCCAUAUCGGUUAUUUCCGAUUGUACAUAUAUCGAAGCUAAAAAAGGUAAAGACGUUCCCUGAACGCCCGAAGGAUCAGCUUACGAUAGAGGAAUCAGAUCGCUUGGAUUUCGAUGAAGCUCUGCUGCCAGAAGACAGUUGGGAUGGCGAUCUUACCGAAGGGGAAUACGAAGUAGAGGCAAUAUUGGACGUGCAAUCUGGUAGAAAAACCCGUUAUGGGCGAGUACACCGGCAGUUUCUGGUGAAGUGGAAGGGAUAUCCCGAUCUAAGUUGGGUGGACGAGGCCGAUCUAAGUUGUGGGGCGAUCUUGCAAGAGUUUGAGCGGAACCGAGUGAGUCGAAACCGUUUCGACGUAAUGCAGUCUCAUGAAGGCAAUUCGGACGAACCUUAA